UGUAGGGGUAUUUUUGAUAAAAGCCCUUUUUAAGACCUCAUAUGUGGUCGACAUAGUCUUCGUAUUAUGGUUUGCUUCCAAAGAGUGGUUUAUAGCUGUCGCAGAAUAAGUGAGACUGUGCACCCAUAAUGUUGUGUUUGUUACCAAUAUAUAUACACACAUAUAUCUUGAUUUCAGUCCUCUUGGAUUCUGAAGUAAAAAAAAAAAGAAACGGUGAGAGAAAGAACGCAAAAGAUGAAGAAGCAAACAGAGCUCGUCGUAGUUUCAUUCCCGGUGACUGGUCACCUUCUCGUCAUGAUCGAACUGGCUAAGCGUCUGAUCAACCACGACCAUCGUCGUCGGAUCGACACCGUCACCAUCCUCCUGUGGAAAAUACCGUUUGCCCCUCACGCCGACAUCUUCGCCCAAUCGCUCAUCGCUUCUGAGCCACGCAUCAAGCUCACCUCCCUGCCCGAAAUCCGCGAACCUCCGCCAUUGGAGCUCUUCCACAAAGCUUCCGAGGCUUACAUCUUGGAGUCCGUCAAGAAAAUCGCUCCUCUCGUCAGAGACGCUCUUUCGGCCAUCGUGUCGUCGUCGUCGGAAUCUGUUCGGGUCGUGGGAUUGCUUCUGGAUUUCUUCUGCGUCCCGUUGGUUGACGUGGGUAAUGAACUGGAUCUUCCCUCUUACGUUUUCUUGACUUGUAGCUCCGGAUUUCUGAGCAUGAUGAAGUAUCUCCCCGAGCGGCACCGGAAUAUUCCCUCGGAGUUUGACCGGAGCUCCGGCGAUGAAGAGCUUCCGAUUCAGGGAUACGUCAGCUCUGUCCCCACGAAGGUUUUGCCGCCUGGUCUGUUCGUCAGAGAGUCCUACAAGGCUUUCGUCGAGCUCGCAGAGAAGUUCCACUAUGCGAAGGGCAUUCUGGUAAAUUCGUUCAGUGAGCUCCAGCCGCACGGCUUUGAUUACUUCGGCCGUCUAGAGAGCUACCCAAAGGUCUACCCCGUUGGACCGAUACUCAGCUUGAAGGACCGCCCGAAUCCGAACCAGGACGCAGCGGAGCGAGAGAGGAUCAUGAGAUGGCUCGACGGCCAGCCUGAGUCGUCGGUCGUAUUCCUCUGCUUCGGCAGCUUCGGCAUCCACGGUGGGCCUCAGUUGAAGGAGAUAGCCCAAGCUCUCGAGCUCGUGGGCUGUAAGUUUCUAUGGUCGAUCCGAACAAACCCAACAGAGGAGACAAGCCCAUACGGUCAUUUACCAGAUGGGUUCACUGAUCGGACCGCGGCUCAGGGCAUAGUGAGUGGAUGGGCCCCACAGGUGGAAGUAUUGGCCCACAAGGCAAUAGGAGGGUUCGUGUCUCACUGCGGUUGGAACUCCAUACUCGAGAGCUUGUGGUUCGGCGUCCCGAUCGCCACGUGGCCAAUGUACGCCGAGCAACAGCUGAACGCGUUCACGAUGGCCAAGGAGCUCGGGCUUGCCGUGGAGCUGCGACUUGAUUACGUGUCGAGUCAAGGAGAGAUGGUGGCGGCGGACGAGAUCGCAAGAGCCGUACGAUCUCUGAUGGACGGUGGGGAUGGACGGAGAGAGAAGGUGAAGGAGAUGGCCGAGGGCGCGAGAAAGGCUGUGAUGGACGGUGGAUCUUCGUUCUCGGCUAUUACUUCAUUUAUUGGGGACUUAACGGUCGUUGAUUCGUAACGAAGGAGAUGUAUUCAAAUUAAUAUUUGCUUAGUCUUUCGUCCUUCACUUGGCUAUUUCUCCAUAAAUAAAUGAGAUGUAACAAAUAAUUCGAUAAAUAUAUGGUAUUGUUUGGUAAUUGGUACA